ACCGACUGUAUUUUUUGGUAGCGCGCGCGUCAUCUUGAAACGUCCGUGUUGGUUGUAAACGCGCGUAAAUUUGUUUUUGUACUGGAGUCUGUCUCGUGCUGUAACAAGUCAACAUUAUUUUACAUGAACACAGCAGCAUACUGCUAUGGACAGAUAUGUGCUAGUUGUUAUAAUCAACCUAGAGCCGAAGAGAGAUGGUUCUUUCAACGGGGUUGAUGAAUGUAAGAAGGUGUUUGAUAACCUCAAACAUAUUGCUGGCUCGAGUUUUACACGAGUUCCUCUAUUUCCAGCCUGUUCUCUGAGUGGCAGUCCUGCUCCACAGAAAUGGUACUUUGCCAUUCAAGCCAGUUAUGGUACAACACAGUGGUGCAGCUCAGAGUGGGAGGAACUGUGUUCCCAGCGCAGUGACAGUGAGGAAUCGGAGCCGUCUGCUCUAGACAGCUGCAUCGCUGCCCUUCAGGAGCAAGAGGAACAGGGCGCACUCACAGAGAACCCAUCCCAUGCAGAACUCAUUGAAGAGGCUGCUGAAGGUCUUCAUCAACUAGCAGACAAACUUCCUCAUCCAGGGAAGUCUUUGCUGGAUGUGAUUGUGCUAUGUGUGGGUGAGGAGGCGGGGUUGAAGGAUAUGUUGCCUGUGAUUGGCUCUUUGAAGCACAUGAGGGUGUGGCACUCUGCACAGAUGAUCAUGGUCACUGAACACAGUGCAGGGUGGCAGAAAGCAGCCAUGUACCUGGACGCCCGCCUAUGUUCUCCAUCAGUGAUUGACAGCUGUGUGGAUGGGAGGGAGAUCUGGAGAGGUGGACUCCAUAUUAGAGAGAAAAAGUUUGUCUCAGACCUGAAGUUUGAGGGUUUCUGUCUGAGAGCUCAGAGGAGAAAUCACUGGAGUGAUGCACUGUAUCCUCACAAAGACCCACAAUGCCAUACUGAUCAUAAACUACAGCAUGAGGUAUUUCAGUGUUACCAGCCUUUGCUGGAACUGAUUCAGCUGGUCAGAAUCACAGAUCUCCCAAUUCUCCUCCAUUCCAGCACAGAGUUUGAACUUGGAUUGGCUUCCAAAUCUGCCAAAGCUAAGCUACUCUUGGACCAGCUGUCCACAUUGCGUGGAAAGGUGGGAGCUUUGUUUUCUCUGUCCUGCGUGAUUAGCACUGAGACUUUCCCAGCAGCCUCCCAGCUCAGCUCCUGUAAAUGGAGAGACUUCAUGUCCAAACGUCCCAAGGACUUACCUGUGCCUGACGUGGAGGUAAAAGGUGAGAGAGGCCACUACCUCUUCUUGGUGCAGGGGGCGGAGUCUGGAGGCUGCACAGCACGAAUGAUACACACGGCCAAUCAGAUCAAUGGAGCUGCUGCCCUGGCAACUAUUAAUGCCCUCAUCAGGGAAAAAGUUCCGCCUUCCUCAGGGAGCAGCACUGCUGACUGGCUGCGGUCCCUGCCGUAUCUCCGUGGAGAGCAGUUCUUGCAGAGGGAGAGAAAGCUGGCCAAGGUGCAGACCCUGGUCCUCAAGGAAUGCUGCCGGCGACGAGAGGAGGUCCAGAAGCCUGCCACCAUUCCUGUAAAUGAAUUGAAGGCUUUGCUGAGUCUAGCCAGAGAGCAGUACCUUCAGAUGCACGACGCCACGCUGCCUAGAGCCACUAAUCACAUGUGCCUGGAGAAGGAGAACCAAACUUCAUCUUCUAACAAAAGUGGUGUGAAACAUUCUUCUCACAUAGAAUGGCCAGAGAGGAGCGUCCUACAAAACUACGAGAACAUACAGAGAGUCCGACAAAGAUCCAGGUGCAGACUGUUCAGCAGUGGUUCCUCUGAGAGUCUGAUGGGGCCUAAAGAUAGCCAGAGGGGAAGUUCUACACUGCUGGAUGCCAGAGAACUGCUCAAACACUUCACCCCUGAUGGACUGCCUAGUGGAGAACUACAGCCACUGCCAGUGCUUAGAGGUGAGCAUGCAUUUCAGUUGUCUCCUGACCUCACACCUAGGAAGGUGACCAAGCUCCCGUUCUCAAAGGCCGCCAGAUCCCACUACCAUGGAAUAGAGUUCUGUCUGGAUGAGUGUAAGGCUCUUGAGCGAGACCGUGGCUUUGUGAAGCUGCAGUCUCGUCUAAUAAGAUAUGAGACCCAGAGUACAUGCUGUAAGGAGCCUUGCCCUGUGCCGUUCACCCUCAGCCCUGCACCCUCCCCAGCUGUGCUGUCUGAACCGGGCAGUGUGCCUGACGGUGAAGCUCUGCACAGUGAGCCGCCCCGCCUCAAACGCCGCUCCCGCGAAACAGACCUCCAGCAACACAAGAGGUUCUGUAAAUCGGAGAGCUCUGAAUCUCUGGGCGCAGGUGGCACUCAUCCUGCAGUGGGGGCUCUACGGCAGCAGGCGGCCCGCUCCAGCUCAGGUCUGGCCAGACGCUCUGCUUCUGUUGCCGACCCCUCACCCAGUCAAAAACCCAGCCAGACCCAGACCGAGUCCCGCUCCCAGAAACACACCAGGAUGCUGAGGGAGGUGGUUGCUAAGACGCUCAAUAAACACGGGAUCAGCAGCGAGCACAAGUGCUUUGAAGCCUGCAGUCAGAGACUGUUUGACAUAUCAAAGUUUUAUCUGAAGGAUCUGAAAACCUCACGUGGCCUUCAUGAGGAAAUGAAGAAGGCAGCCAGUAACAAUGUCAAACAGGUGAUUGAUUGGGUUGUGGAGAAAUCUUCUAAAAGAUGAACAAUCAUUUUCAGUCUGAAAUGUUCAAGGUAAACCUGCAGUAGGACGUCAUGAUAAGAACAACAUGAUGCUACAAAAUAAAUAGAAAAAGCUUGUUGAAUAGAGCUUCUAAUGCUACAGAACUUCUCACAGCAUUAAGGAAAUGUUCCUGACAGGAGGCAUGUACAUAAUUUUCUGUUUUUAUGUGUUUGUGAUAAUCCUAGAUUUUAAUGUAUUAAAAAUGUUAUUUUAUUUGGCUUUAUAUGGUUUUCACUAGAAAAGAAAUAUGAAGUCUCAAACACUCUGACAAACAACAGCCAAAUAUGGCUGCAAAUUUUCUGAGAAACGCUGUUUUGCAUCAUGAAAAUCAGUCAGAGGGCGUUUCUGACCAGAUCACAUUUCAGUAAUCAGAGUUCGCUCAAAUCACUACUCGAGCAUGAAACAAGGAACGCAUGAAAGUUUCAAAACCUCAUCAUGCCCUCUGAUUACCAUGUAUUUUUGUUUUUUGUUGAUCGCACUCAAACCGCCACUGCACAUGUCUCAAGUAGUUUGCCCCAAAAUUACUGCUGUGUUUGGAUCAAAAGGUCACACUGGGCUGAGAUCAUAAAGAGCAUCUGCUCCCUGUUACUCCUUGCCCAGAGAAGGUUGAAGGUGUCUCGUUUGGCAAAGUUGCCGAACACAUUCCAGUCCCACACAGGGCCAUUGUUCUCGCUUCUGGGUGCCCAGAGGGGUGAUGGGAAAGGAGGGAGGGGGGUUGCGCAUUACAUUGGAAGCCCUGAGAGCCCUCGAAGGCAACAUGCAAUUUGAACUCACUUGCUACUUAUCAACAGAGCUGCUCUAGUUAAUAGGGUGGAACUCAAUCUGUUUUUUUAUUCACUAUCAUAACAUUAUUUUAAUAGGGUUUCUGUUUAUUUUGAUACAUCGUGAUUUUCCCCAACUUUAAAUCAGUAUUUUGACCUGUGUGGGUAAACUCUUCAGAUCCAGACUUGUUUUCUGACAAGAAUAAGAAGCUCUUUUCUAGUGUUUAAACAUCUCACUUUGUUCUCUGUGCUGACGUUGAUAUAAAAGGGUUCAUUUCAUGAGCAAUCAAAUGUUCCUUGAUCUUUUCAUAAGAGUUCAUUGUACUAUGAAAACAUGCUGUAAUUUUCAGAACUCUAAACUUCCUCCCAGUUACCAUUUAUUGAAACUUAAACUGAAAAUGAGGAAGUAAUUAACGUUAUUAUUCCUAAAGAGUAGAAGUAAAGUAAAAUACGGAAGUCAGUCAGUUGGUGUGUAGAAGCUGCUGUUGUUGGAGAAUCUGAAAAUAUAUAUAUAUUCCCUUUGUGUGAAAGGAUUAACUCAACACAUUUACUCACCCUCUUGUCAUUCCAAACCUGUAUGACUUUAUUCUGCUCAAUACAAAUAAAAAGGUAUUUUUUCUUGAA